AUGUCCUUCCCACAAAGAGACUCAGAUGACUUUAGUGAUUAUGGGUCGGACUUUACUCCCGAUGAAGAGCAACUUUUGAACGAACUGCUCAACAAAGCCGCGGGACAAGCGACCGACCAGGCCGACGCCACCUCGCCCUCGACACCAAUCUCAACCUCGACACCAACCCCCGUCGAACAAUUCACCACGCCCAAAUCGCCAGAACUCAUCGAAUUAGAGUCCUUGCAACCAGCAGCUCUAGCGGCAACUGUCGCGGAUAUCGAGGAUGGCGUUCAGGAGCCGAGUGUUCGGCUGCCUAAGGUGCUUGGCCGUGAAGGGCCUCGCUCACCAUGGCGUUCGCAACAGUAUCGGUCGGGUCAGAGGGCCAGAUGGAAUCCAAAUGGCAUGGCGAGGGCAAAUCCGCGCGUUGGCAACAGCAACAGGCCCAGCCCGUCUGUCGAGCACCCUGAUUCAACCGAAGGCAGAGAAAGAGAACGCGAGCGCAAUGCUGCGCGCGCGCAAGAAUGGACACAGGGAGAUCCCGCUGUUACAGCGCUAGACACGAGAAGCCCCCUCGAACGGUUCUGCCAAGCACCCAACAAGGCUUUCUCAGUGACUGAUCUUGUGUCUCCUGCUUGGUGUGAGCUGCAGUAUUGGUAUACGUUGACCAAACAUGGACGGAAGAGGAGGACGCCUGCGAUGAAAAAGGGCAGUUCUAUGCACAAGACGCUUGAGGAUGAAAUAUACACCACUGUGCCUGUAGAUAUCACGACUAAAGAGGAUGCCUGGGGAUUGAGGAUUUGGAACGUUAUCCAGGGACUACGCAUGCUGCGCCUGUAUGGUGUCACGCGUGAGAUGGAGGUUUGGGGGCUUGUGGAUGGCCAGAUUGUCAAUGGCAUCAUUGAUCAGUUAUCCUAUGAAUGUCCUGACUCUGAACUCGAGGCCACUGCUGCUGGGUACUAUGCUGAUGCGGCGGAAUCACGGGCUGCACUACCGGAGUAUCAGAUGUCCUUGUCGGACUAUCUGCUUUCGUCUUCUGGGGGAGGGAUGAAGCUGUCAGAUUUGGGCCAGAGUUAUAACGAAGUCGAGGAAACGGCAGUUUUUGAGCCGGAAGUGUCUGCGGCUGUCUAUAACCUACCCAGGAUCUACAUGACGGACGUGAAAACCAAGGCUAAUCGUUCACUGCCCACUGUCAAGAGCUCGGGGUUCCGACCUACGUUUCUCCAGCUCCAGCUCUACUACCACAUGAUGAACCGUCUCAUUACCAGCGACGAUAUCACAAUCGAUGUUCUUGCCGCGCGCUACGACUUUGAUCCCGAAAAGCCGUUCACCGAUGCCUUUGUCUCAGAGGUUGGCGGACUGAACGACCAGUUCUUCGAUUCUCUGUCUUCUCAAGACUCCGAAAUGACCGAGAGCCAACAUGACGAUGGCCAAGACUCGACCGGCAUUCUGGUCUCACAUAACAAUCUGUCUCGGCUUUGGAGUCUCAUGCAACACCAACUCCGCCUCACAUUCCUCCCACCUGCGGAGACAGACUCUAUUGCACCAGUUGCACCAUCCAUCCCAGCAGAGACCCAACCAGAGCUUCUCGAAGCAUACCCGACCCUUAUCUCCCCAGUUCUCACAGCUCGAUACCUCUCGUCAGCCGCCAACGAAGAUCUGGAAAGACAGCACUUAGGAAGCCGAUCUUUCCUUUUCGAUCCCAGUACCCUGACUUCUUACUUGAAUGAUCAGAUGACCUGGUGGCGUGGCCAGCGAGACCCCCGCGGCGUGGAGAUUAUGGACGCAUGGAAAUGUCGUAUCUGUGAGUUCCGCGACGAGUGCUCCUGGCGCGAGGAGCGCGAGCUAGCUUAUGCUAGACGGGGCGGGGCCGGCCGGGGCCGCAGAGCUGGAUCUUUGUCAGAUAUCUGA